CAAUGUUUUGUUGCCGGAAGCGAACUAUUUAUGAAAAUGACAAGUGGAAGCGCUGUAGAAAAUAUCUGUUCUCAAGUCAGAGGCCUCUCCAAACCACAGAUAGAGGAACAAUUCCAAGUUGUCCUGACAAGUCUUGCCCAUGGAGCUCCUGCCAGUGAUUACAUCAAUGCUUUAAGACAAAUACACUCCAUACUUUCAAGCAGAACAGAUGUGGAGGUUCCAGAGAAACUCAUUCAUAACCUACAUGGUGUGAUGAAUGGUGCCAACAGUAGCCCUUUGUUGCGAGCGCUAUCUCAGGCAGUCCUCCGAGACAAUCCAUGCUCUGACAGUAACAAAGAAGUUCUGCCUCCGUAUCACAAGAAAUAUGCACCAGCAAUUAUGAACCUAUCUAUUCUUCAGGGACCAAAACAUGGCGACUAUGGUGAACUUCUACAGCAGAUAGUGCGUUGGAUUUCAACUGUAGGUUUUGACCUUGAAACCCAAUCACUCUCCCUGGUGUUUGCUACUGCAAUCGCUGUUUCUUAUAAACACUUACUAACGAAAGAUCAGGUGCAUGUAAUCAGUUCCCAGAUAGCCGAAUGGCUACACAAGGCCAGCACGCUACAGGGCAAUAACCCAUACUCCAAGGGCUUCUUCAAGAGUGAACAGAGGGAUAGUGUCACAGAAAUAGAUGGAGGUGUCACAAGGGAUUUCUUUACAGUGCUUAACAUUGGCCAAUACUACACUGAUGACCAGAUCAUGAACAUCCACAGCUUCUCGGCCCUCUAUGGCUGGUUACUACACACUCUUCCAUCAUGUCCUGGGGGCAGUCCAUUGUCACUCACUCCAGUGCCCCCUGGGGAACAAAAGAGGAUAUCGGGGACAUUCAAUACAGACAACGUUCUAAAGGAAAAGGCCUUGGAGUAUUGUUUCAGGAUAAUAGAUCAAUCAGAGAGAAAGGCAAAGGUAGCACAGGAUGCUGUUGUCCAACAAUGUGCGUUGAAUGAGUCCAUCCGAAUCCUUCAUCUGCUCUGUAAGACUGAUUCAAGCCUGGUGCCUCGAGUGAUCCAUGUCAUCAAGCGCGUACAGGCAAGAGACACUAAGGAUACGGCUAGUCCUCUACCACUUCUUGGGGUCGUUCAGUUCUUCCUUAAUCAUAGUGAAACAGUAGUGUAUGACCCCCAACUGCUCUAUGACCAAUUCUUCGAUAAAGUUUUACCAAGACACCUACAUGAUCACACGGUAAUAUUUGAUACCGUGACCUUCAUCCGGGAUAACCUUGAGAAGAUCUGCUUUGAGACAAACAUUUUACAGAAAUACUUCCCGAACGUGUUGAAGAUGCUGGCUUGGCAGCCGAGAACAUAUGCCAGGGAUUUCAUGGAAAUUGUCCCAGCCUUGAUGGCCCCCACUGCAGCUAUUGAGGUUCUUCACACAUUGUUGGAUCUACCCUGUUUGUCAGCUGCAUUAGAAAUAGGCCUUAAGACAUGUAACAUCCCAAAGGUGAUGGAAUCCUACCAGAAUCCAAAGUACAAGCCUUGGUUUAACUUCAUUUUGAGGAAUGAAGGAGGACAUGGCGACACAGUGGACAGGUUGGAUAUCCUCUACAGUGCACUAGAUGGUAUGCAGCAGCAACCAAGAGUGUUAGUCUGUGCUCAAAUAGUACCUGUCAUGCUGAGGCUGUACUUCAGUGAGGUUUUGGAGGAAGGAGACCAGGCCCUGGCUAGUCUGCUUGUUCCAAUCAUCCUAGAGAGAGUCGGCCUAAUUUAUGAUGUCCCGUCUUAUAGAAAGGAGGUCAGAAGUCUCUUGUCUGAGUACCUAGUCGAGCUGUUCAAGAAGUACCCCAAGCUUCUCAUGGAACAACAUAACGAGAUCAUAGAGUAUGUGGGGUCAUUGAGGAACAUCUCGGGCAAGGAAGACUUCUUUGUUCAUAUGAUUUGGAUAGUUGGAGAAUACCUAUCUGAAGACUAUGACAAAAAGUGCACACCAGAGAUUGUUUCGAAAUACUAUGAGACAUUGGAAUGUUUAGCAUAUGAGAUUUCCGCCUUACUCCAGAGUGCUUCUACUGAACAAGAUGCACCUUACUCGGUCAGGCUAUUGGUGGUUAUCAUGACAACUCUGGCCAAGCUGUCAUCGCGGUGUCAGGACAUCAUCCCACGUGUGAUGUUAUGCCUGACCAAGAUCAGCCAGCAACAUCUUGAUGGUAACCUGGAGGAGGAGAGCCGGCAUACUUUAUCUGACCGCGCUAAUGAUCUCAUCAACUUACUUAGACUGCCAAAUGUUGCAUCAGUGAUAUUGAAUCCUCCACCUGGAUUUGAAACUUCCAAGUGUCAUAGAGAUUAUGCAUCCAUUCCUGUUCUGCUACGAACGAUCAAGUCUGUGUUAAAGAAAGGCAUCGAAUAAUCGAAUUCUAUCUUGAUUCCUGCAAUCAGUGGUGCUUAUACAUGCUCUUGGUGCUAAUAGGAAAAGACUUUUAAGUUCACUUGAAAACAAGUUGUGAGAUGGAUGUAUCUGAAAAUAUCAGUAGAGGUUCUAUUGUCUCUGUAGUCUCUGCUCACCUUGUUAUGAAACUGUAGAGGUUUAUUUGUUGCUGUGAAUAAAUUGUCCAUAUUGUU